AAAUACGACACUGUUGAAGUGGGUUGGUUCCGUAACAACGGCAAAAUUGGUUCAACCCACAAGACAAAUGCAAGUGCAUAUUUAAAAACGAGCAGGCAAGUGAGAGUUAGCCACAAAGUGCUUUCGCCGAGCAUCGUUGCAUCUACAGCGUUUCUUUUGGCUAAGGAGACACUAGCAAGUAAUGAGCAAGAGCCAUUUUUUGCCUCUUCUGGGGGACAAUUUUUAAGUCCAAAACAGGGUAAUCUAAUUGAAAAACACUGUCCCGAAGAGUAAAUUAAGGAUCAUCCCGCCGGUGUCGUUUCCGAGUGUGCGACUCUAUGCCAGCUGGUCACAAGUUAGACUGACCAAGCUAGCUAGCACUCGGAGUGAGUUAGCAGAAGAAGGCAAGCGGCCGUCGUCUCACCCUGACCGAGUGUCUGCGAGAUGGGCUUACUGACUCAAGGAUCCCCGCUGAACUGGGAAAAUACCAAGAAGUAUGCGGAUUACAUCCGAGCACACGGCAUAAUUCAAUUUCUCAACAUUUACAACAAUUUAAAGGACCGACAGAAGGAUGUACUCAAAUGGGGCGAUGAGGUGGAAUACAUGUUGGUGGAACUGGAUGACAAGGGUGAAAAGGUUCGACUGGUGUUGAAUAGCGGUGACGUUUUAGAUACCCUCCAAGGCCAAGGUGAAAAGAUCAAUCCCAACCACCCCACGCUUUGGAGGCCAGAGUAUGGCAGCUACAUGAUAGAAGGAACUCCGGGGCAGCCAUACGGUGGCACCAUGUCCGAGUUUAACACUGUGGAGAGCAACAUGAGGAAGAGACGACAAGAGGCCUCUUCUGUCCUCAACCACAAUGAAAUUCUAUGCACAAUCACCUCAUUCCCAAGGCUGGGUUGCCCUGGUUUUACGCAGCCUGAAUACCCGCCUACGCCUGUUGAGAGCGGAGCGUCAAAGUCGCUCUUUUUCCCUGACGAAGCGAUUAAUACACACCCAAGAUUCAGCACCCUCACCAGGAACAUACGUCACAGACGAGGAGAGAAAGUCAUAAUCAAUGUACCAAUAUUCAAAGACAAGUGCACGCCGUCUCCAUUUGUGGAAGACUUACCCGGCGACGACGGGGAGUCGGCAAGGGCGGCACUGCCUGACCACAUCUACAUGGACGCCAUGGGCUUCGGGAUGGGCAACUGCUGUCUGCAGGUUACCUUCCAAGCUUGCAGCAUCGAUGAGGCAAGAUAUCUUUAUGACCAACUAGCGACAUUCUGCCCAAUAGUGAUGGCGCUGAGCGCAGCCUCCCCCUUCUACAGAGGCCACGUGUCAGACAUCGAUUGUCGCUGGGGGGUUAUUUCUGCCUCAGUGGAUGACAGGACACAGGAAGAACGUGGACUCAAGCCUUUAAAAGACAACAAAUAUAGAAUCUUCAAGUCCAGAUACGACUCCAUCGACAGCUACUUGUCUAAAUGCGGCGACAAGUAUAACGACAUUGACUUAACGAUAGAUGAGGACAUCUACAAGCAGCUGCUGGGUGCAGGAAUCGACAAGUUGCUGGCCCAGCACAUUGCUCAUCUUUUUAUCCGAGAUCCACUGUGCGUCUAUGAGGAGAAAUUGAACCAGGAUGACGAAAAUGAGUCGGACCACUUUGAGAACCUCCAGUCCACCAACUGGCAGACAAUGAGGUUCAAACCACCACCUCCCAACUCUGACAUUGGCUGGAGAGUUGAAUUCCGCCCAAUGGAGGUGCAGCUGACCGAUUUUGAGAAUGCUGCCUAUGUUGUCUUUGUCGUCCUGCUCACCAGAGUCAUCUUGUCCUACAAACUGGACUUCCUCAUCCCUUUAUCCAAGGUGGACGAAAACCUGAAAGUGGCACAGAAGAGGAACGCUGUGCAGGAGGGAAUGUUCUACUUCCGAAAGGACAUCUUCAAAGGAUGCAACCCAGGCCUGGACGGCACCUCCUCGGCGCAAAACGGCUUGGAGAUGGACGGAGUUAACGAGUAUGCGCUAAUGAGCAUCAACACUAUCAUCAAUGGAAAAGAGGGAGUUUUUCAAGGGCUCAUCCCCAUCCUCAAUUGCUAUCUGGAGAACAUGGAGGUGGACGUGGAGACCAGGUGCACCAUUUUGAAUUACCUGAAGCUUAUCAAGAAGCGCGCCUCAGGCGAGCUGAUGACGAUGGCCAAGUGGAUGAGGGAGUUUGUGGCCAAGCAUCCCGAGUACAAGCAGGACAGCGUCAUCAGUGACAAGAUCAACUAUGACCUCUUCGUGAGGUGCAACAGGAUUGCCAGGGGCCAAGAACAAUGCCCGGAGCUCAUUGGGAAACCUGUCAACAAGGUCAAGUGAGAAGCUUCCCCUGCUGUGGCAACAUCCUUUAGACAACGACCAAAUUAUGUGGCUCAAGUUGAAAUCGGUCAGCUUUUUAAAAUAUGAUGAAAUAUUGAUUUUAAAAACAAAACAGAAUCAAAGCAAUCAUAUGUACUGUACAUAAACUGGAUCAGAUUUGUAUGAAUGGACACUAUUUUAAUAGGAUUAAGACGUGAUUAAGGUUAUGUCACAGAAAUGGCGUAUUUAUUUUUCUCUGGAAAUUCCUUGAGUGAUGAUUUAAAUGCAGCUAAGAGUUGUACUCUCUACUGUUAAUACUGUACUGCUGCAACAUUAACACAGCGUGCUGUGUGUUUGUGUCACUACAUCUGUGUGAGCUUUCUUUUACUUUGGGGACAAGCUUCGUUUGAUUCUACCAAAAUGUCCUGUCUUUACUCUGAAAUGUAGCUGCAGACAUUCAAGUGGGGGCGGUUUACAUGUUGCUGCUUCAAAUAAAUCUGUAUGAACAUCA